AUGUUCACGCCUUGUAUUGGAAUUAUCUUCCAAAGAAUUGCCGACAAGAAAGUGACCGGACACAAGCUCUUUCAAAGUUUCAUCCAGGAAAAUAAAGCAUGCUUCUGGAAUUCGAGUCUAGUGGAAGCAAUAAAUUCUACGAAAUAUGUUGGCUACAUUAAGCCAUCAACACUAUUUAUAACUUCAAUGAGCGAGCGACAUAUGCAAAUACUGCGCGAUGCUUGGAUUCGACGGAUUUUGAAACCAGCAAGAGGAUACCGAAUCGAAAGUCUCGGUGAUGUGGAAAAUAUUGGAAUGCAUAAAAUUGAUCAGAUGCAUUUGGUACCGUUGCUAGAUAUUAUUUGUGAUAUGGUAUUCAAAAUGAAUCAAAGUGGCCGUCCAGCAGUUUUGGAUGCUUUGCUGGAUGAGAUUCGUAAAGAAUAUCCAAAAAUAGAACCUCCUUCAGCGAAGACAUUUCGACAAGCCAUUCAAACCCUCCUGAAACAGAAAAUCUUGGAAUAUGACUUGGAACAACUGUAUAUCUGUUUUCCUCCAACAGCACCUUAUCAUUCCAUCAAAAUCCCUCCCAAAUGCACUGUAGAAUGCCAAACUGGACAAAGUAUCAUUAACGGCUACGCACCGUCAAAUUCAUUGAAAAUUAAGAAAGGUUUUUUGGCCAGGUUAUUCACGAAAAAAGAUAACCUACCAGAAACACCGCAACCUGGCCAGAACCCCAAAACUCCCUCAGAUCAAUGGAAGCAUCCCGAGAUGCCAAUUCCCAAUGCUCAAUCAAACACUGCUGGUGAAGCAUCUUCCGCAGCACAAAAGUAA